AUGCGCUCCGACAAGCCGCGCGACCCGGUAGCCGGCCCUGAUGCUGGCCCAGAACUUCCUUAUCCCGUGAGAUUAUCAGGGCCAGUGAUCAAAGGAUUUGGCCGCGGGAGCAAAGACCUCGGAAUCCCCACCGCCAACAUCCCCGCUGAUGACCUAUCCGAGAAGCACCCAGAGCUGACAACCGGCGUCUACUACGGCGUUGUAGCGCUGGACCCGAACACAUACCAUCCCGAGACAUCCGAGGGCAGCGCAUCCACUGCGGUAGUUUUGCCUGCUGUGUUGAGUAUCGGAUAUAACCCUUUCUAUAAAAACACCGUGCGAUCUGUGGAAAUCCAUAUCAUGCCCGCUCUCACGGAACCAUCGCCCACCGCUGCGGGGCAGGAUGGCCAGACUAAAUUCAAUCGCCUGCCGGAUUUCUAUAAAACGCGACUUAACCUGCUGAUUCUGGGUUAUAUCCGGCCUGAGUUUGAUUAUGUCUCGCUGGAGGCGUUGGUGGAGGAUAUUCGGGUGGAUUGUGAGGUUGCGCGGGAGAGCCUUUUGCGUGAGGCUUACAAGUGCUAUCUUGUUGAUAGCGGUAAAACAUCUGGGAAAGUCAGUGAGGAUCGUGCGUGGUUGGUGAGCUUUGAUUAA